AUGGCGGAUCCGUGGGAUAUUGAAGACCCAUGGAGUGGCGCCGUUGGUGCAGCUCCACCGCAUGAUGCUGUGGAUGUGGGUGGACUAGGGGGUGCUUGCAUCCGAGUUCAUCGCUUGAAUGGGGAGUUGCUGGAAGUCGCUCUUACAGCCCGGGAGGCCAGCAAUGUGGUGUCGAACAGAGACUUGAAGCAAUGCCUUGCCAGAAACGACCGAAGUGUCCCUGCAGCGCCCUUCUUCAUCUGCCAGAUGCGAUUGAUCCACAUGGACAGCGGUUUGGAGCUGGAAGAUGGCCCGGUUUGCUGGGAGUGGUUGCAGGAAGGCUCGAUUCAGUACCUGAUUUCGGACGUGAUGUCACUUGCUGCAGAAGAGCUACCGCCCAGUGAUGAUUUGACCUUCUGCUACAAGGACCUCGAUGAGCUGCUGGAUGCGAAGCUCAUCAUGUCGUUUGCUUUCGCAAUUUGCAGGCAACGGGGCCAAGCCUUCCUGGAGCAUGUCUUCACUGCCUGGACCACGGCGAUGCGUAACCUUCCACGAAGCGAGGUGAAUGUGAUGCCAGACCGUCUAUCAUGUGCCCAUAAAACAACCUUUCUUACCCGCUGCUUGAGCCUCCUUCACGCAAUUGACGAUGACGCGGAAGACUACGCUCGUCCUCGUGGCACGGCCGGCUUGAUUGGGGCGACUCACUUCCACGACGGGCACCUUCCUGGGUGUCACUUCAUUGAGUUUCUUCACCGGACAUGUGCAGGUGCGACGAUCGAUCUGGUCAGGGAGAAGAUGGAUGUUGGCACGGUGGAGAAAUCCUUUGAUGUCUUUCAAAGUGAGACGGUUAAAAGCAAGCUUUGGACUCUCGUGAAGGGGCGGAAGUACCCUUUCAGGAACCGCCCAUCAGGCGUCUGGGGAGGUAUCUGGUGUGCGCUUGGAGCAGAACUGCUGAUGGCACUCAUCGAUAAGGGCCUGCCGAAAUGGUGUUGGGCUGGCUGCAUAGGCCCAUUCAACGACAACCUUCUCCAGUAUAUCAUUGAGCCGGCAAACCACAUCGCAGCACUGGACGGGAAAGAGGAUGCUGAAGGGAGGCUUUGCAUCUCUCUGGCUCGAAGAUUCAGUCUGGAAGAGCUGUGCCAUCAGAACCAACAUGGCAGAAAUGCUUUGUCCUAUGCUGAAGAAUUUGCCGAGCACUACGAACAUGGGCGCGUGCGCGUAAUGGGGGGGCCAGAGCUGCGUGUAGAUGUGUGGAUCGAAGCUGGGCUCUUAAACAGUAACUUCAUCUAA